GUGACGUCAGUCUCUGCGUGUCAGUCGAGCUAGUGGAGCAGCGCGAGGCCAGCUGCUCUUCGCGAAUCAUUUUACAUUUCGACAAAACGACAAUCACUUUAGACAAAUCAUGGCACGAGCACUUAAAGAGCGAUUCGAGAAGUUUCUUCACGAGAAAAAUGUAAUGACGGACGUGUUGGCGAAGAUCGAGGCGAAGACUGGUGUAAACAGAUCGUACAUCGCUUUUGCUGUCAUCGCUUUCCUUGCUGUCUAUCUGGUGAUCGGAUAUGGCGCAUCUCUUUUGUGUAAUCUCAUUGGUUUCGUCUAUCCCGCGUACAUAUCAAUCAAAGCCAUUGAGAGCGCGACCAAAGAUGACGACACUAAGUGGUUGACCUACUGGGUGGUUUAUGGGGUCUUCAGUGUGGCAGAGUUCUUCGCAGACAUCUUCCUCUCUUGGUUCCCGUUCUACUUUUUGGGAAAGUGUGCUUUCUUGGUUUGGUGCAUGGCUCCUACUCCAUCAAACGGCUCAGUUCUGCUCUACACAAGAAUCAUUCGUCCCUUCUUCUUGAAGAAUGAAGCCAGGAUUGACAAUGUGAUGAAAGACAUUACGGAUAAAGCAUCAGAGGCUGCAGACAAAUUUAAAGAUGAGGCCAAGAAAGCGACCGCCAACAUUAUUUUUGAAGAGAAGAAAAGCUCCUAAAGGUCAUCGGCGUUUCAACUGCUGCAUAUCCUGCAGGAUUUCACUUUUCUAAAUAAAUCCUUUCUUUCUUUUGGUUAACUGAAAGUUAACCAAUUACUUCGACUCCUUUUAUUCUGCCUUUAAUCUAACAGCAACCAUAUUAAAUAUUGCAUCAGAUAGCGUUUCAGAGCUGAAAAUACCUAGUUAUGCUUAAGCGGAUAUGGCAUCUAUCAUAUAUCACUGUUACGUGUAAAUGUAAUUCUCAUGUGUCUUUUCCUAUGCCUUUUUGCUGGAUGAUAGUAACAGGCUAUGCAAAUAGUUUAAUCUAUCUUAGUCACUGGUCCGCUAGUUCUCAGAUGUAUUUAUGUGCAAGAAUAAGAUUUAAUAUUUGUUAUAAAGUCUCAUCUGACUGUUAUGAGAUAACGGUGAAACUGUAGGUGUAUGAACCAAACGUUUGAACUAUUAAACAACUAUUGAAGGAAUCAAGGGCAUGAAACUCAAUUCUCAUCACAUCCCUCAGGUUAGAGUUCCAAUCGCUGGCACACGUACAGUAUGACACUGCAUGUAUUAAAUGAGAAACAUUUGAAAACAAUAUUACAUUAACAAAAAAUUCCUAUCUGUACUUUUGUCUCAGACCAGAUGUAUUACUGGAUGAUGGCUUAUGUUCACAGGAGCUGUCUGAAUCUGAACUGACAUGGAAAAAAAAGAGAAACUCAUGUAAAUCAGUGAUAAUCUGGUCAUUUUUUGUUUUGCUGUGAUUGUGUGCCAUCACUCAGCCUUAAGUUUUCACCUCCUUGACAUGACAAGAUCAGGUGUACAUGUAAACACAGUAAACAAGUUGUUUUUACGGUACAUUACAUUACCAGGCUGCUAUGAGUCUUUGCCUAAAUUUUGAAGGAAGCACCAAUUCUGAAUUUGCUAGGAAGUGAAAGUUUGGUCAAUGAAUGCAACUGUUUAAUCCUAAUUUAAUAAAUAUACCUAAAAACAA